UGUUCUCCAACCGUCUUUCAUAAAGAAAGGGGGAGACACAACUAGAUUGAACGUCAAGAGGGCAGGUUCCUCUAUCGCUGCUGAUAUAAACAAUGGAUUGAGAAUGGGGUUUGGUUCUCUGUGUGGUGAAGUCAUCUUUCUUAGCCGAGUUUGCUCAAAUCGGAGCAUUUGAAUUUGAAAAGUUUUUUUUUGUCAGCAUCACUGGUUUGGGAUUAUUUUUGUUCAUGUUUUUACAAGAACACUCGCCACACACACACACCAUGAGCAACAUCUAUGAGUCUGCGGCCAACACCCUUGGUCUGUUCAACAGCCCGUGUCUGGCCAAAGUGGAGCUGCGGGUGACCUGCAAGGGCAUCUCAGACCGGGACGCCCUGUCCAAGCCAGACCCCUGCGUCCUCAUCAAAAUGCAGUCCCACGGACAGUGGCUGGAGGUUGACAGGACAGAGGUGAUCCGUAGCUCUAUAAGCCCCACCUUUUCUAAAGUCUUCACCGUGGACUUCUACUUUGAGGAAGUACAGCGGCUACGUUACGAGCUCUAUGACAUCAGCAGCAAUCACAACGGCAUCAAGGAGGCUGACUUUCUGGGGGCCAUGGAGUGCACACUGGGACAGAUUGUGUCCCAGAGGAAGCUCACCAAACCACUGCUCAAACAGGGCAGCACAGUGAGCAAGUCCUUCAUCAUGGUCACCGCCGAGGAGCUGACAGGGAAUGAUGAUUAUGUGGAACUUUCUUUCAGUGCCAGGAAACUUGACGACAAGGACUUUUUUAGCAAAUCAGACCCUUUCCUGGAGAUCUUCAGGAUGAACGAUGACGACACGCUACAGCUUGUGCACAGAACAGAGACUGUUAUGAACAACCUUAACCCGGUGUGGAAAACCUUCAAGACUUCCCUGAAUUCCCUCUGCAGUGGAGACCAUGACCGGCCUCUAAAGUGCACAGUGUGGGACUGGGACUCCAAUGGGAAGCACGACUAUAUUGGUGAAUAUCAGGCCACAUUCAAAGAGAUGAGAGGGGCAAUGGAUGGGAGACAGGUCCAAUGGGAGUGUAUAAACCCCAAGUAUCAGAUCAAGAAGAAGAAUUACAAGAACUCUGGUAUCGUCAUUCUCAAUCAGUGCAAGAUCAUCAAGAUGCACUCCUUCCUGGAUUACAUCAUGGGAGGCUGUCAGAUCCAGUUUACAGUAGCUAUUGAUUUCACCGCCUCUAACGGGGAUCCUCACAACAGCUGCUCCCUACACUACAUCCACCCAUACCAGCCUAACGAGUACCUCAAAGCUCUGGUCGCUGUAGGGGAGAUCUGCCAGGAUUACGACAGUGACAAAAUGUUCCCAGCGUUUGGCUUCGGCGCUCAGAUUCCGCCCGACUUCAAGGUUUCUCACGAUUUUGCAGUGAAUUUUAAUGAGGAAAACCCAGAAUGUGCAGGUAUCCAAGGGGUGGUGGAGGCCUAUCAGACAUGCCUUCCUAAGCUUCAGCUCUACGGCCCCACCAACAUCGCCCCCAUCAUCCAGAAAGUAGCCAGCUCCGCUUCACAGGAAAUGCACACCAAGGAGGCCAUGCAGUACUUCAUUCUGCUCAUCCUAACGGACGGAGUGAUCACAGACAUGGCAGACACCCGCGAGGCCAUCGUCCAAGCCUCCCACUUGCCCAUGUCCAUCAUUAUUGUAGGUGUGGGAAGUGCUGACUUCAGUGACAUGCAGAUGCUGGAUGGAGAUGAUGGAAUCCUUCGCUCGCCCAAGGGGGAGCCCUGCCUACGAGACAUCGUCCAGUUCGUCCCCUUCCGCAACUUCAAACAUGGCUCACCUGCAGAGCUGGCGAAGACUGUCCUAGCAGAAGUGCCCAACCAGGUGGUUGACUACUACAACAACAAGGGCAUCAAGCCCAAAGUGCCCAGUGAGUUUGAGUCUUCCAGGACAUUCGCCCCCUGAGAGGAGGGGCCCAACGCACUCGAUACAACAGAAAGCACCUUACGCUGACUAACUGAAAAGUUUACUGUUUUGCUCUUCGUUUGUUUGUUCUUUUCAUUGUGCAUGCGUGGCCUCCAAGGCUUGCAUCUGUAAAGCAACUGUAUCAUUCAAAGCAUUGGUAUGGUGGGGACACACAAACGAACAACCAAACUGUCAUCCCUACAGAUGAACAACUAUCGAUGAAGGAAUGUAUAGAACACCCCCGUUCCUUUUUUUAUAAGAGUUUGUUGAGAUUUUGCUCAAUUUCUUGAUAUUCAUACGUUGUAAAACAUUUUGGACCACAGUGAAUGAACUAGCUACCUGCGUUUAGAAACGUCUGCGUCCUCAGUAGUCCAUAUUGCAGAUAAGGCAGAUGCAUGAACUGUUGUUUUGCAUGCUGGUAAUAAAGCAGACACUGUUUUCUCAUGGUUCAUGUCGUUUUCUUAGUGAACAAUAGACAGUAUUGUAGGGAUAAAGGACAUUCUACUAUGAAGCAUGUUGACAGCACAAAUUGAGUAUUCUGGAAGUUCACUGGAGAAUAUUAUGGGCACAUAAUUUGCCGUUGUCAUGUUGCAAUGCAGUUUUCUGUGAAAUUAUGAAUUACUUAUAAUAAUAAAAGCUUUAUCAAUA